UCUUGCCACACCAACAAUUGCGAGAUGGACUCGGUGGUCAUCUCCAUCAAUGGCUACACGUCUGUGUACGCGGCCAUAGUGAUCUACUCCAUCGUCGGCUUCCACACCACCCAGCGCUACGACGACUGCUUCAGCAAGAACAUCCUGCACCUCAUGAACGCCUUUGACCUGCCGGAGGGCAAGGUGACCCAGGAGAACUUCGCGGAGAUGCAGCGCUGGUGGAAUGCCAUGGACCCCACGGCCUACGCCCAGCUCACGUUCCAGAGCUGCGACAUGAACUCCUUCCUCUUGGAGGGUAUGGAGGGCACAGGCCUGGCCUUCAUUGUCUUCACAGAGGCCAUCACCAAGAUGCCGGUGUCGCCACUGUGGUCCAUGCUGUUCUUCUUCAUGCUCUUCUGCCUGAGCCUGUCGUCCAUGUUUGGGAACAUGGAGGGCGUGGCCAUGCCACUGCAGGACCUCAAGCUCAUCCCUGCCAAGUGCCCUAAGGAGCUGCUCACAGGCCUCAUCUGCCUUGGGACCUACCUCCUGGCCCUCAUCUUCACACUGAACUCUGGCCAAUACUGGCUCUCCCUGCUGGACAGAUAUGAGGGCUCCAUCCCCCUGCUCAUCAUUGUAUUCUGCUAGAUGUGGAUCCUCUAUGUGUAUGGCAUUGACAGGUUCAACAAAGACAUUGAAUUCAUGAUUGGGCACAAGCCCAACAUCUUCUGGCAGCUGAUGUGGUGGGUUGUCAGCCCCCAGAUCAUGCUGGUCAUCUUCCAAUUCUACUUCAUGGUCAAAGUCAGCAAGGAGCUGACCUACAGUGUCUGGGACCCCAGCUACGAGGAGUUCCACAAAUCCCAGCAGGUGAGGUACCUGCCCUGGGUGUACAUGGUGGUGGUGGUCGUGGCCUGCAUGCCCAGCCUCAUCAUCCCCUGCUUUGCCAUCUACAAGCUCAUCAGGGGCCACUGCCAGCAGCCAGGGGACCAGCAGGGCCUGGUCAGCAUGCAGUCCACGGCUUCCAUGAAUGGGGACCUCAAGUACUGA